AUGGAUUCUUCAUCAUUUCCCGAUGGUGAAACUCAAGAUACAGCAGAAACCUUUACCACACAGUCCACACCUAAUCAAGGGAAAAGGAAGGAGACAAAUGGAGAUACUUCUGGUCAACCCAAUGAAAAGAAAACAGCGGGUAAAAGGUCUAAAGUGUGGAAACAUUUUGAUCCACUUGAGGAGGACAAGGACAAAUGCAUUUGUCGUCAUUGUAAAAGAGUUUACGGUUGUGCAUCAUCCAAAGGGACUUCUAACUUGGGGAAGCAUAUGUUAACCUGCAAGAAGUUGUUGGCAUUUGAAGCAAGUAAGUCUGCAGAUACGAGAGCUGUUACUAAGGAUGGACGAUUGGUGGAAGCAAAGGUUUCAGAGGAUAUCUUCAAAGUGGCGACUGAUGAGUUGCUAGUGUUAGGAGAAUUGCCACUUGCCUUCAUUGAAAGCAUGGCUUGGAGACACUUCUGUAGUCGAGUUAAUCUCUACACACCGCAUUCAAGAAGAACUGCUACCAGAAACAUUGUGAAGAUGUAUGAGGAGAGGAGAGCGGGUCUUAAAGUUUGGAUUGCAGCUAACAAGCAGCGAGUGUCACUUACUACUGACAUAUGGGUGGCUCAAGCAACAGGUGCUAGCUAUAUGGUGAUUACAGCACAUUUCAUUGAUGCAAAUUGGGAAAUGAGGAAGCUAAUCAUCGGGUUCAAGUACAUCACGGAUCAUAAAGGGACCACUAUAACAAGAGUCCUUAUGGAGUGUUUGGCUGAAUGGGGAAUACAGAAGAUAUUCACCAUCACGGUGGACAACGCCACCGCCAAUACAUCUGCCCUAAAGAGGUUUCAGACCCAAUUCAGCUUAGUGAGCGAUGAGGCAUUGGUUUUAGAUGGAGAGUUUAUGCAUAUGAGGUGUUGUGCACAUAUUAUCAACUUAAUUGUCAAGGAAGGAUUGCUAGAGUUAGUUGAUAAUGUGUGUGCCAUUAGGAAUGCCGUGACGUAUGUGAGGGCGUCUACUAAUAGGAUCGACACUUUUGAUAGCCGUGCUGAUAAUGCCAAGGUGACUACCAAGGGAUCCCUUAUAUAUGAUGCAAGAUGGAUCUUGUUCUAUCGUUGA